UCACUGGCUCGACUCAUCCGCCGGCGACUCCUGCACCGCCAGCAUCUGAGACACGGGCAGACAGACAUUGUGGACAUAUCGGUGCAACCGACACAGAAAUCGAGGACGACUUAGAAAGUUCUUGUGCACGACUUACGGGCGCUGGCUUGCCUUCUCGACGGACCCUCUCCAGCUCCUCUUUGAGGGACUGAAUAGAGACACAUACACAGCAGAUAGAGAUAGAGCCGGCGAUUGAGAAGAUGUGUCCUGGUUGGUCACUCACGUCGUUCUCUCUCUGCAGCUUCUCAAUGAACUUCUGCAGUGUGGCUUCCCGCAAAGAUGACUCAUGCAGCUCAUUCUGGAAAGACGCGAUGCGGUCCUCCAUACCCUUGGCCGCGGCGGCGCCCUCGACGGAGGAUGCCUUCAUGCCAUCGAUAUCGCCUUGCAGUGUCUCGACUCGGCCAGCCAGAUCCUUGUUGGCCUUCGACAUCUCCUCCUUCUCCGCUGUAAGGGACGCGAUGCGGUCCUCCAUAUCCUUGGCCGCCGCGGCGCCCUCGACGGAAGACGCCUUCAUGCCAUCGAUAUCGCCUUGCAGUGUCUCGACUCGGCCAGCCAGAUCCUUGUUGGCCUUCGACAGCGCCUCGAUCGUCAUUUUUUCUUCUUCGAUCUGCUGAGUCAAGCCACUGAUCGUCUUCUGGGUGUCCGCAGCGUCCAGCACCCCUUGUGCUGCAGUCGACCGCAGUGACGAAACCUCCGCCUCCAAACCCUUCGUUGCCGAAUGGGCGCCCGCCAGCUGCUCGUCUACCGUCUGCAAGCAGCAAUGACAGACCAAUAGGGAGUGGCUCAUGGCCGCUGGACUAGUGAUUGGUAAUACCUUCCUUUCUGCCCUUAAUGUCUCGAUUUCCCCCUCCCUCUCAGCCGCGGCUUGCUGCGCACUCGCCAGUGCGCUCUCCAGUUCCGCGAUUGCCUUGGCGUGCUCCUCUAAAGUGGCACUGGCAGCUGUCUGCGCGGCGGAUACUUCGGCCUCCAAGCGCGUCUUGGCAGAGUUUGCCGCCUCAAGAUCAGCUGUAAGCUGCUGCUGGGCCUUGUCCUGCUCUACCUGGCUCUCGUAGAGUCGUUUAAGCUCAUCUCUCGCCGCCUGUUGGAAACCAGAAUGCUCAUUUUUGCGCGCAAAGACGUGAGUGAAGGGGCAACGUGACUCUUACGCUGCUCUGUUGAGUGACAGCGUUCAACUCGGCCCGCAGCUUGGAGAGCUGCUCCUCUGCCGCCGUGGCUGCCUGCUCGGCUCCCUGACAUCAACCAAUGCAUGAUGCCACACAAACGACAUGCCAUAUGAGACACGAAUACAUUUGCAGAUAGAGCCUACGUACUUGCUUUUCUGCCUUGAGCGAUCGGAUGGUCUCGGCGUCUUGUUCGGCCUUCCGGUGCGCCUCGGUCACUUGGGCCUCCAGAUGCGACACUCGGUUGGAUGUAGUGGCCCACUCAAUAGACGCCUGGGCAUUCGAUGCUUGGAGGCCCGACAGCUGUGAUUCAAGGGCGGAGGAUGAAGACUUUAGAGACUCGAUCGUCGCCGUCAGUUCCUCGUUCUCUUGCUGAAGCUUGCGUGUCGACUCCUGCAGCUUCGUCUUGUCUUCUCCGAUCGUCUGCAAAGGAAGAUAUGCAUACAGAGCACAUGACGGCUGCAGGGUCAAAGCCUUGCGCGCAGCAUGUCGUCCCACCGUGAUCGUCGUCGUGAGCUUUUCGAUCUCGUCGCUCUUGCUUGUCAGCUGCUCCUUGAGCUUGCCUGCCACCCACUCGCCCUGGUCCAGCAACUGCUGCAGCUCGUCGCGCUGCUUGGCCAGCUGCUGCGCGGCCUCCGUCUUAGUUGCCAGUUCGUCCUCCAUGUUCUUGAGAGAGUCUUGGAGGUCUGGCACACGCGCCGCUUCACUCUCCAGUGACCGAUUCUUGUCCUCAAGCAGACGCAUCUUCUCUUGCAGCUGAAUGAUGGACCCACAGCACACACACAGCGUCCAGGUGAAAGACCACAUUGUCCUGCCAGGCCGAGUAUGACUGCGCCUCUCUUACCUCGGCUGUCUCGGCUGCCAGAGAUUCGUCUGCUCUGACAGCCAUGUCACUGGCCUGAGGACCGGGGAGAGCAGAACAGGUGCAUGGUGUCUCUCGAUCGGUCCAGGGCCCAUCCGCGGCCCUUUACUCACCUUCUUCGCCGAAUCCAGCUCCGACUUGAGCCUCGCCAUCGCAUCAUCCCUCUCUUUGAGCCGCUUCUCCAACUGAGUCCGCGUCUCCUCGCCUUUCUGCAGUUCCAUCUCCAGCUCGGCAUUGCGCUGCACCAAAUCCUCCUCCAAGUCAUCCAUCUCGUCAGCAAGACUCAUCUCCACCACAGGGGCUGACAUGCGGCGCGUGCCACGACGCGAAAAAGAGGCGGACAGAGUGUCGCGCUUCGAGGAGGAGGCUGGCGAUGGAGUGACGGUGGCUUCGCUCUGGAUGGCGGCUUCGGCUGCCUGGAUGGAGACUGCUGCUGGUGAUGGUCGGCCUCUGGGGCUCUGCAGCACGCCUGGGACGCGAGGCGUCUUGGGGUCCUGGCCUCGCUCCGUCAUGAAACCGCUGGAAAGUCGGAACAAAUGCGUGAUGCUGGACAGAGAAACUAAGCCAUUCACCUGGUCUGUGCCAUCUGCGCCUCCAUCAGCUUGCUUCGGAGUGUGUCGACCUCAGUGUUGAGGUUGGAUGCCUGCGUGCGCUGCCCCUCCAUCAGGUUCUUCAGUUCGCUGAGCUCGCGAAGCCGAUCAGCCUGAAGCAAGACGAGGCAAGCAGGGCAGGUCGACCAAUGUGUAUGUCGUGUGCAGUGCCACCUACCGCGAGGGCUUCAAGUUGCUGUUUCUGCUGCUGGUCUGCCCUGGACUGGGCCAGCAGGUGGACGUUCUUCUCCAUCUCGUCUCUCAGACGCGUCUGACAAGGCAACCGUGAUUCAUGUCGUCAUGCCUUCAUAAUAGAUCCCACGGUGUCUCCCCCACCUCACCUGAGCGUCCGCCUCCUUCCCCCUCAGCUCGGUGAUGAGCGCCUCCAGUGCUUCGAUCUGCUCCGACAUGUCCUCCUUUCCUUUUUCAAAUUCGCUACGCAGCUUCACCUCAUCCUCAAACACACGUGACUUCCUUCCCCCUGGUCGAAAAGUCCCACGAUGAGUAAGGGCACCGGUGGGUGUCACCCUGCCGUCAGAGGCCUUUCCUUGCGAGGCCACAUCGCUGAAGUCCACUGACUUCUCCCUUGCUGAUCGGCCGGCGCCGGCUUGCAGGUUGAGAAGGCGUCGGUUCGCCUUUUGCUGAGUCUCGGCCUUCUCCUCGGCCUCCUUGACUUUCUCUUGAAGCGUGAUUUGGCGCUCUGUCUCGAUGUCGAUCUUGCGCUGCGCUUGCUCUAACUUGUGCUUGAGCUAGUCGACCUGCUCUCGAAGCUCCCUCUCGAUAUCAUGUAGCCUUGACACAUACAAGGUGCAGAGACACACAUGGGAGAAGAGUGCACUUGUGUGUGGCCCGCCGCCGGGUGCCCUCACUCUUGGUUUUCCCGCAGAAGGGACGCGUUGCGCUUCCGCAUCUGAUGCGCCUGCUGCUGCGCUCUUCGCACCUCUGCCUUGGCCAGAGAGUCCGCGUGCUCCUCAUCGGACGACUCUUCACUGCCAUGUGUCUCGAACACCUCCGUGCCACGCUUGUCUCUGGAACGGCGGGAGGUCUCAUUAGCGUCCUGAUCUAUGCCGAGGUCCGCCAGCAGAGUGUUCACACGGCCACUGAUGUCGCUGGAUCGUCGACCUCCUGAGCGUCCAGUGGCGCUUGUUGGCGAGAGGCGGCUAGAGGGGGUGUCUUGCUGCACGAUGUGCUUUUGCAGCCGCAGGUUCUCCUGUUUCAGGCGACGGACUUCGCUGUUGAGUUGCUCGAUGGUUGGCGAAAGGUAAGCGGCGGGGCUCGGCUCCAUGUCCGGUUGCGCCGUGGGGGAGGGCGCCCUCGGCAACUCCUCAGGCUCCACCCCCAUCUUCUUGUUGUCGACGUUCAGAGAGUGCGGCUGGGCGGAGGGAAGCAU